AUGGAUUCAGUGGCGAUAUGGCUGGAAGCAGAUGAAGACCAAGUGGCGGAACGAGUGCAAUUGAGAGCGCUUAGGGAUAAGGCCAACAUAUUCACUCUCAAUGAUAAAUGUUUUACGCAAAAUUUACGCCUAAACAAGCAAGCGUUUCGGUACGUGCUAAAUGCCAUUACGCCGGAGUUAAGCACUCCUCGAAAAUCGACAGCAAUUCCCCCAAUUAUUAAGCUGGCCGCCGCACUGAAAUCAUUGGGGCAAGGAGGAUACCAACACCAAAUUGGUCAAGACCAACACGUAGGCCUUUCUCAGCAAUCAAUGUCACGCUGCCUCAUUGAAGUGUGUAAAGCAGUUGAGAAAAGGCUAUGUCAACGACACAUUAAUUUUGCAAGUACGGACGCAGAGGAAACAGAGGCGAAAUUAUAUUUCUAUGAAAAUUGUGGAAUUCCGGGCGUGUUGUUUGCAAUAGAUGGCACACAUGUACAAAUGACAAGACCAACAAGGAAUGAGCAUUUGUACUAUAACAGAAAACUGAAGCACAGUAUGAAUGCAAUGGUUGUAAGUAUUGCAUUAUCAUAA